UGAACCAGUUCUUUUUCCCUAACAAAAAUGGCGUAGUGCAAUGGAGCUGCGGACCGGCGCGCCCUUGCAAGUGCGCGUGGAGCGACUCGGCGAUGAGGUGCAGGAAGACGCCACCGAUGGCUGGUCUGUGCUUGGAGAGCCUGGCUUUCUGACGCUUCAACGCUUGGGGCUCUAUCCGCGCACUGCGCGGCAGCCCUUUGCCACGGGUCUCCAUGGUGUGGCGGAAGAGUUGCUCAGACGCGCAGAGGCGAAGAAUGCCUUGGACGCUCAGUUGCAGAAGACGCUCCGAGCGGCACAGCGGCUGAAAGAGGCCGGCUGCUGCGGGAGUUCCUUGGCUCAGACAGUUGAGGAUGUUGAGGAUGGAACCCCCAGGUCAGAGCCAAUACAGCUUUGUAGAGAGAGAGGGAGUGAUUUGUAUUUAUGUUAUUAUGGUAUGACACACACACACACAUGCUUGAGAUGUGAAUGCCAGGGGCUCGUGGCCUGUACAUAUUUAGUUAGGAGAGUAUGCCCAGUGAGUCAUGAUCAGGAAGUCAGCAAGUUUGAGUAAUCAAAUGGGAAGGAGACAGAAUUGAAAUGUG